AUGAGAAUAUACCUGUCCUGUCUACUUCCCGCUAUAAUUCCUGAAAUGUAUGGUAAGAGCCCUCUCCAUCAAAAAAGCGACCUCUUGCAAAGAAAGGAUGUAGAGAAUGCAGUCUCGAGGUUAAGCAAUUUGGUGAGCAGCAAGAGUAGCAGUCUUUUGGACAGGGAGAGUGGGUCUUUUCUUUUUUCCAGAAGAAAAAAAAGAAAGGAGGAAGGCUCAAGGUCGGAGAGCAGUGAAGAUAGUGAGGAAUCAGAGGGAGACUCAAAGCCGGAGAGCAGUGAAGAUAGUGAGAAAGAAAAGAGUAACGAGAAUGAUAGUGAAGAUGGGGAAGAAGAUGAAAAUAGUAGCAAUGAGGAAGAAGAAGAUUCUUCUAGUAGUAAAGGAGGAAGCGGUCCUGAGGAUAUUGCAAGGGAAACCCUUGAAAAAAUAAAAGAUACACCACAAGGGAAGGCUGUGAAGACACUUCGAAAUAUUUUCCCGUUUGGAUAA